GUCGACUGGCAUUGGCCUAACCGGGCCGUCAUUCGAAAUCGCGUCGUCGUUGAGUUAGGGUAUCGCGUGUCCACCUCACGAGCUCGCCGCGUUCCCUCAUAACCGAUUCUCAAAUCGUGAUGUCAAGUGACCGCGACUGCCCCCGCCCCCACUGAGAGUCGUCGCACACACCACCGCGCCGCACGUACAGCAGUACCAGCGAUUCACCAAGGGCAGGAGAAAAAGGAGCACGAGAGGAGAACGACUGGAAGAUGUCGGUACCGGGCAGUAUAGGGCGGGAAUUCGACGCUCACAUCCUCACCCUCUUGACGAGGCUGAGCGCGAUGCGCGGGCAGCAGCACCAAGAUCCUCUGCACCUCGAGCACAAGCAGCAGCCAAUGUCGAUCGAAGCGCGUAGCCUCGAGCUCUGGCGCGCGGUCGCCGUCGAGUGCUUUGCCACUUUCCUCUUUGCGUUUGUCGUCGCCGGGGCAGCCAUAGCCUCGGCCGUCUCCGGUAGCGGACUCAACGUACUCGCCACGGCCAUCGCCUCAGGGUUCGCCAUCGCCGCAGUUCAGCUAAUCUUCGGUCCGGUUAGCGGUGGCCACGUGAAUCCCGCAGUCUCGGUGUCCUUUGCUCUAUCCCGGAAGGUCUCGCCAUUACGUGCCGCCCUCUAUAUUGCGGCUCAAUGCGGUGGCGGAAUCGCCGGUGCGGCCAUGCUUUAUGGUGUCGCCAAUUCGCCGCAGACGCUGAUGAUAUCCCCGGGCAGAUUAAGCGAGCAGGCCCUUCUCAAGCUCCUCGUCGAGCUCUCCCUCUCGAUCCUGAUUGUCCUGGGGCACUUUGCCAGCGAGUCACCGAGGACGCUGCCCUCCACCAUUUCGGCGAAACCAGCUUGUGUGUUGGCCGCCUCGUACACCGCCGCUACAUUGGUUUCGAGUCCAUUUUUGAAUCCGGCACGUGCUCUCGGACCGGCCUUCGUUAUGAACAAGUGGGACAACCACUGGGUAUACUGGAUUGGGCCGAUCGCCGGUGGUGCGAUCGCCGCCCUGCUUUAUGAAUACGUCCUAAGUGGCAACCGCCGUUCGCACGAUCCUCGCGAUCUGGACGACGGUGAUAGCUCGUCUAUACGUUCCGACGACGAGACGUACGACGAUCUGGAUAAAACCGGAGCCCCCAAGUUUCCGGGUGCUUAUGCAACCUAUCGGCCGGUGACAGGAGCUGCGUCCAUCUAUGGUCCACCCCCGAGCACACUCGAGAGAGUCGAGUCCAUUUACGGCGGCACCAAGUCCCUCUAUUGCAAAAGCCCACCUCUAACUAGAGCGAACCUUAACAGAUCGCAGAGCGUAUACGCCAAGUCAACAUCAGGCACUAGAGAUGGCCUAAUCCUACCUAAGUCGGGAACACUCCUCCCAGCCCAGAGCCUCUAUCCAAUAAGACUAAAUACCGUAAAUACUCAGACGAGUGUCAGGGACGCAGGCCAAAACGGCUUGCAACAGACAAGCUCCCAAUCAGGACAGCAAACGACACAGAAUCACAAUAGCACCAACCAGAACAUGCAGAAUCAACUGCAACAGUGCACGCAAAACAUCUAUGGUAUUCGUGGCAUUACCACUAGUAUCGGUACUCGCGACAAUAUCUACGGGCAUCUGGGAAAUCGCGAGAGCGGUAGUAUCUCCACAAGUCCGAAUAUUUAUGCUCGAGCACCCAUACCUCCACCCUCGAGUAGUCACCACGUCCCUCAAAGCCAGCAGCAACAGCAGCAGCAACAGCAGCAGCAGCAGCAGCAGCAGCAGCAGCAGCAGCAGCAGCAGCAGCAGCAGCAGCAGCAGCAGCAGCAGCAGCAGCAGCAGCAGCAGCAGCAGCAGCAGCAGCAGCAGCAGCAGCAGCAGCAGCAGCAG